UUGUGGGCAGUCUGUCUCCAUGGAACCCAAACUAGUCUUCUUCACCAUCACCUUUUUCUUGUCCUUGUUUUCUCUUCAUGCUGAUGACAACCUUCAAACCUACAUAGUCCAAUUACACCCACAUGGAAUGACCAACUCUGCUUUCAAUUCUAGACUUGAGUGGCACCUCUCAUUCCUCAACCAAACCAUUGCCCCCGAAGAUGGCCCCCCGUCAUCUCGCCUUCUGUACUCAUACCAUUCUUCUAUGGAAGGUUUUGCAGCUCGUCUCUCAGAAAUUGAGCUGGAAACGUUGCAAAACAUGCAGAACAUAAUUGCAGUUAGGCCUGACCGUCGCCUCCAAAUACACACCACUUACUCUUACAAGUUCUUGGGACUAGGCACCAAUGGAAAGGGUGCUUGGUUAAGCUCUGGCUUCGGUCGUGGGACUAUAAUUGGGGUACUUGACACUGGAGUGUGGCCUGAAAGCCCAAGCUUCAGUGAUGAUCACAUGCUUCGAGUGCCCAAGAAUUGGAGAGGGAUCUGUCAGGAAGGACAGAACUUCAAUUCUUCCAAUUGUAACCGUAAGCUAAUUGGAGCACGGUUUUAUAGUAAAGGGCACCGUGCAUCUUCAGACAUUUCUAGAUUGAAAGCUCCUGUGGAAUAUUUAUCGCCCCGUGAUGCAUUUGGUCAUGGGACUCAUACUUCAUCAACUGCUGCAGGAGCUUCUGUACCCAAUGCUAGUGUAAUGGGAAAUGGUGUUGGUGUGGCUAGGGGCAUGGCUUCUGGUGCCCAUGUUGCCAUGUACAAGGUUUGCUGGUUCAAUGGCUGUUACAGCUCUGACAUUCUUGCUGCAAUGGAUGAUGCAAUUAGAGAUGGGGUUGAUAUCCUCUCUCUGUCUUUGGGUGGGUUCCCCGUGCCGCUUUUUGAUGACAGCAUUGCAAUAGGCAGUUAUAGAGCCAUGGAGAGAGGUGUAAUGGUUAUCUGUGCAGCAGGUAAUAAUGGUCCAAUCCCAAGCUCAGUUGCCAAUGAAGCUCCUUGGAUUACUACUGUUGGUGCGAGCACACUUGAUCGGAGAUUCCCAGCUGAAGUACACAUGGGGAAUGGCCAAAUCCUCUAUGGUGAAUCAAUGUACCCCGGAAACCACUUACCAAAUGCUAGUAAAGAACUUGAGCUUGUGUACAUUACUGGUGGAGACAAGGGAAGUGAAUUCUGCUUCAAAGGCUCUCUACCAAGACCUAGUGUCCUUGGGAAAAUGGUGAUCUGUGACCGCGGUGCCAAUGGCAGGGCUGAAAAAGGCCAAAUUGUAAAGGAAGCGGGUGGUGCUGCAAUGAUACUAGCAAAUACUGCAAUCAACCAGGAGGAGGAUUCUGUUGAUGUUCAUGUCUUGCCUGCAACAUUGAUCGGCUAUGCAGAGUCUGUUCGCUUAAAGAGUUACAUAAAUUCCACAAGGAGACCCAUAGCUCGGAUUCAAUUUGGAGGAACAGCCAUUGGGAAAUCUAGAGCACCAACAGUAGCAUUGUUUUCAUCAAGAGGACCCAGUUUUUUCGACCGUUCAAUCCUCAAGCCAGACAUUAUAGCUCCUGGAGUGAACAUCAUCGCAGCCUGGCCUCAAAAUUUGGGUCCAAGCAGCCUUCCAGAAGAUUCUAGAAGAGUAAAUUUCAAUGUCAUGUCAGGGACUUCAAUGGCUUGUCCCCAUGUUAGUGGAAUUGCAGCUCUAAUUCGCUCUCGCCACCCUGUUUGGAGCCCAGCUGCAGUUAAAUCUGCAAUUAUGACAACAGCAGAUGUCACUGACCAUUACAGUAAGCCAAUCAUGGAUGGUUCAAAACCUGCUCAGGUAUUUGCAAUUGGAUCUGGACAUGUAAACCCUGAAAGAGCAACUGACCCUGGGUUGGUUUAUGAUAUCAGGCCAAGUGAGUAUAUUAUUCAUCUCUGCACUCUCGGAUAUUCAAGGUCACAGAUUUUCACCAUAACUCACAGGAACGUGAGUUGUCAUGAAAUCAUGGCCAAGAACAUUGGUUUCAGCCUCAACUACCCCUCUAUUUCAGUGAUUUUCGAGCCAGGAAGGAUGGGUAAGAAGAUUAAACGGCGACUGACAAAUGUUGGCUUCCCUAAUUCCACAUACUCAGUGGAGGUAGUGGCACCUAAAGGAGUUGCAGUGAAAGUUAGACCACAACAUCUAACAUUCAAUCACAUAUAUCAAAGUUUGACAUACAGCAUCUGGUUUGUAUCCCAGAAGGCAAAAGCAAAUCCGAAGAUGACCUUUGCUCAAGGACAUUUGACAUGGAUGCAUAGUCAGAGUAGUCAUUACAGGGUAAGGAGUCCGAUUUCAGUGACUUGGGCUGAUAUGAAGCAGUAGAACUAGAAGUUCCAGCAUUGUUUUCCUAAGGGAUAUCAUCUCAGAAGUUUAUGUGGUGAAUAUUGGAAGGUAAAGGCAGACAAUAGACAAGUGAAAAUUUCUUUAUCUUUCAAAAAGAACAGAAUGAUUAUUAUUUAGGAUUUCAGAUAAUGAAUUCUGGUUCACUUUGACUAAGUAUACCAAUUUAAUCUUUAAACAAACUUUCCUUCA